GUUUCUCGCAGCCUAGAUAAACUGCUGGAUUCGGGCUUGUUCACCGGAGAGAUAACGGAGCUGUCAGGAGGCCCGGGGAGCGGGAAAUCUCAGGUGUGUUUCGGCGUGGCGGUGCACGUCUCCCUGCACCUGAAACAGAGUGUGAUCUUCAUCGAUACGACAGGAGGACUCACCGCCAGCCGCCUGCUCCAGAUGAUGCAGACAGAGAGCAGUAACACAGAGGAGCAGACGGAGGCUCUUCAGAGGAUCCAUGUCUUCCGCCUGUUCAACGUCUUCUCUCUCCUCGACUGUCUGUUCGCUCUGCGCAGUGGAAGGCUGCAGCAGGCGUGUGCUGCCUCUGUGAAGGCGGUGAUCGUGGACUCGGUGUCGGCGGUUAUCUCUCCUCUGCUGGGAGGAAAGCAGAACGAAGGCAUGUCCUUGAUGAUACAAGUGGCCGGAGCUCUGAAGACGAUGGCCAAGGACUUUAACGUCGCUGCGUUGGUGACGAACCAUGUGACGCGCAGCGACAGUGGGGGGGUGCAGCCGGGUCUCGUGUCAUGGAGUCACAUCCCGAGAACCAGAGUCCUGCUGGAGAGGAGGGGGGAGGGGGGGGCCGGGCGGCACUCCAGUCUGCGCUCUGCCACCCUGAUCAAGUCCUCCAGACAGCCCUGUCACAUCAAGGCAGAGUUGGACCUGCAGUGGUGGAGCCGCUCUAAAGAGGGCUCGUCUGGAAAGAGAAAACUGGAGGAGACUGAGUCCUGAUGAGAAAUAAUCUGACCAAAGGCAGGGACGACACGCCUCUUGCGGAUACACUCCCAGAUCCAGCUGGGCGUCACUUUGUGAGCCGAGCUGUCGUCGUCGGGGGCGCCCAGCGUGUGCGUUGCCAUGGAGACUUCGAAGUCGGCCACCAGGUCUCCGUCGUACGCCACGAAGUACCGCCUCAGUUUGUCGAAGUCCUGCACCGAGGAGGGCAGGAAGAGCUUCACGCCGCUGAAGAUGUCCAGCAGCGUCUGAGGGACACACUCUGAAGUUAUUAUAUCGUUGAAAAAUCAAGCCACGUUUUGCUU